AUGGCUAAGAGUAUUCGAGCCAGUGUCUCCAAGCGCAACCGGGCUAAUCUGCGCAAAAAAGUGUUCGGUCCUGUGGUGGAUGCGCGUACGGAACGACUGGCCGCCAAACUUCAGGAACUUGCGUCGCAACCUCGCCCAGAGACCUCAGCAAAGUCAGAGAUGGAAUUAAAAUCAGAGGAAACCGCCGAUCAAGAUUCGGGUGCCAAGGCUGCUGCCGCCGAUGAGGCUAUGGACGUGGAUACCAAAUCUUCCAAGUCUCGAUCUCAGAAAUCCGGACGGGUGCAGAAAAAUAAGAAACCUCGCAACUCGAUCGUCUUCAAGGCUCAUCCAUCCAAGGUGAAGAAAGGGCCGAAGAGGAAGUAA